UCCAUGACCAGUGACCUGUGUCCGGCAACAAUGGCUUCUCAAGGCAUCCAGAUCCUGGGCAUCAUGCUUGCCAUGAUAGGCUGGUUGGGGACCAUCAUCACCUGUAGCAUGCCAAUGUGGCGGGUCACAGCCUUUGUUGGACCGAAUAUCGUCACGGCACAAAUCAUCUGGGAGGGUUUGUGGAUGAGCUGUGUCGUGCAGAGCACCGGACAGAUGCAGUGUAAGGUUUACGACUCCAUGUUGGCUCUAUCACAAGACCUGCAGGCUUCCAGAGUCAUGGUUAUCAUCUCCAUUAUGGUGGGCGUCUUUGGAUUCCUCAUGGCUGUGGUUGGAGGAAAGUGUACCAACUGCUUGGAGGACGAAACAGCCAAAGCUAGAGCGUGCAUCGUCUCAGGGGUGGUUUUAAUUAUCGCUGGUUUUCUCCUCCUGAUUCCGGUGUGCUGGUCUGCACACACUCUUAUCAGGGACUUCUACAACCCUUUAGUUACAGCAAGCCAGAGGCGGGAGCUUGGAGCCGGGCUCUACAUAGGCUGGGCAUCUGGAGGCCUCUUGUUGCUGGGUGGUGGGCUUCUUUGUUGGAACUGCCCGUCCAAUGACAGACGGCCCUAUGCGGCAUACUCACAUGCAAGAUCUGUGACCCCAGCAAUGGAUUACGUGUGAGAAAACAAGCAUAACUUGAAGAUAUAUGGCAAGCAAGCCACUGUGCAAAAUGAGUCAUUGCACACCUCACGUAAAUUACAACUUUGUCACUUGUUAAACGCUUGAAAAUUACUGAAUAAAAGGUGAUGAA